CCUCUCUCUUGCUGACUGCGCGCGUCAGACACCAGCACACCGCGCCGAGUCUGUUCAUGUAGCAUAUAUAAUGCCUGGAAGCGUCGUCUCCUCCUCCUCACUUACUGCGCACUCUCACCUCGCCGCCCGCUCCGAGCCAGCCCCUCUCACUACUCUACCUGCUUUACGCUAUCGCGGUACCGCACCCUUCCACAACAAUCCCUCCUGAGUGGCAAUGAUUACUGAGACCAAUGUCGCCAAGCCCGCUUCCACCAAGGUGAUGAACGGCGAUGCCGCCAAGGCCGCUCCUGUCGAGCCGUUCGCUACCUACGCCCACAGCCAGGCGACCAAGACCGUCGUUAUCGAUGGCCACAACAUGAAGGUCGGCGACGUUGUCGCCGUUGCCCGCCACGGCGCCAAGGUCGAGCUUGCCGCCUCCGUCGCCGGCCCCGUCCAGGCCUCGGUCGACUUCAAGGAGUCCAAGAAGCACACGUCCAUCUAUGGUGUCACGACCGGCUUUGGUGGCUCGGCCGACACCCGCACCAGCGACACUGAGGCCCUCCAAAUUUCGCUUCUCGAGCACCAGCUCUGCGGCUACCUCCCUACCGACCCCACUUACGAGGGCAUGCUCCUCGCCGCGAUGCCCAUCCCCAUCGUGCGCGGCGCCAUGGCCGUCCGCGUCAACUCGUGUGUCCGUGGCCACUCCGGCGUCCGCCUGGAGGUCCUCCAGUCUUUUGCCGACUUCAUCAACAUCGGCCUUGUUCCUUGCGUUCCCCUUCGCGGCACCAUCUCGGCCUCGGGUGACCUUUCGCCGCUCUCGUACAUUGCCGGUGCUAUCUGCGGCCACCCCGACGUCAAGGUCUUUGACACCGCUGCGUCGCCGCCCACUGUUCUCACGGCUCCCGAGGCAAUUGCCAAGUACAAGCUCAAGACUGUCCGCCUUGCGUCCAAGGAGGGCCUUGGUCUCGUCAACGGUACCGCCGUCUCGGCCGCUGCCGGUGCGCUCGCCCUCUACGACGCCGAGUGCCUCGCCAUGAUGAGCCAGACCAACACUGCGCUCACCGUCGAGGCUCUUGACGGCCACGUCGGCUCGUUCGCCCCCUUCAUCCAGGAGAUCCGCCCUCACGUCGGCCAGAUCGAGGCGGCCAAGAACAUCAGACACAUGCUCAGCAACUCCAAGCUUGCUGUUCACGAGGAGCCCGAGCUUCUCGCCGACCAGGACGCCGGUAUCCUCCGCCAGGACCGUUACGCGCUCCGCACCUCGGCGCAGUGGAUCGGCCCCCAGCUUGAGAUGCUCGGCCUUGCGCGCCAGCAGAUCGAGACCGAGCUCAACUCGACGACCGACAACCCGCUCAUCGACGUCGAGGGCGGCAUGUUCCACCACGGCGGCAACUUCCAGGCCAUGGCCGUAACCUCGGCCAUGGACUCGACCCGCAUUGUGCUCCAGAACCUCGGCAAGCUCAGCUUCGCCCAGGUCACCGAGCUGAUCAACUGCGAGAUGAACCACGGCCUCCCCUCCAACCUGGCCGGCUCGGAACCCAGCACCAACUACCACUGCAAGGGUCUCGACAUCCACUGCGGCGCCUACUGCGCUGAGCUCGGCUUCCUCGCCAACCCCAUGAGCAACCACGUCCAGAGCACUGAGAUGCACAACCAGAGCGUCAACUCGAUGGCCUUCGCCUCGGCCCGCAAGACGAUGGAGGCCAACGAGGUCCUCUCCCUCCUCCUUGGCUCCCAGAUGUACUGCGCCACCCAGGCACUUGACCUCCGCGUCAUGGAGGUCAAGUUCAAGAUGGCCAUCGUCAAGCUCCUCAACGACACGCUCACCAAGCACUUCUCGACCUUCCUCACUCCCGAGCAGCUCGCCAAGCUCAACACCACCGCCGCCAUCACCCUUUACAAGCGCCUCAACCAGACCCCCAGCUGGGACUCUGCCCCACGCUUCGAGGACGCCGCCAAGCACCUUGUCGGCUGCAUCAUGGACGCCCUCAUGGUCAACGACGACAUCACCGACCUCACCAACCUCCCCAAGUGGAAGAAGGAGUUCGCCAAGGACGCCGGUGACCUCUACCGCUCGAUUCUUACCGCCACCACCGCCGACGGACGCAAUGACCUCGAGCCCGCCGAGUACCUCGGCCAGACCCGUGCCGUCUACGAGGCCAUCCGCUCCGACCUCGGCGUCAAGGUCCGCCGCGGCGACGUCGCCGAGGGCAAGAGCGGCAAGAGCAUCGGCUCGAACGUCGCCCGCAUCGUCGAGGCUAUGCGCGACGGCCGCCUCAUGGGUGCUGUUUCCAAGAUGUUUUUCUAAGCAGUCAAUCACGUAUCUCUCAUAGGAUAGUAUCACGCAACUUGUUUGAGUAGCACAUGCAUCAUUGUACC